AUGACCGCAAUCGGUGUUCCAAUCAAGAUCCUUCACGAGGCUGAAGGUCACAUCGUUACACUGGAAACAUCAAUUGGUGAGGUGUAUCGAGGCAAACUGAUUGAGGCAGAAGAUAAUAUGAAUUGUCAAAUGAGUGAUGUGAAUGUAACAUUCCGUGAUGGUCGAACGCAUCAGUUGGAUAACGUUUUCAUUCGUGGGUCGAAAAUACGUUUCAUGAUUUUGCCGGAUAUGUUGAAGAAUGCACCGAUGUUUAAGAAUAUUGGACGAGCGCAGAAGGGUGCAGUUGGCAUGGGAAUGGGUGACAACAGGGACGGACGGACAUUCCGAGGACGAGGUACAUCGUUCCGCGGCCGUGGAGGACCAGGUUUGCGGGGUGCACCUCGCGGAGGACCAGGCGGUGUUCCGCGUCCACCGUUCCGAGGAUAA